AUGUUGAAUUAUUUCUGCUUCGUAAUUCAAAUGAUCGCUGGAGCUGAAAUAACACUUCUCUCGGGGGGUCUAACUAGAAUUGGGCAGAUUCCCUAUAUCAUGCAAAUGCCGAAUCCCUAUGGUUGUUAAAAAAAGAUAGUUUUUGUCCUGAUAAUCACGACGUUAUAUACUUUGAAAUUGGCAGUCCUGUUACCAAGAGUAAGACUGGUUGGUGGAAGCUGGGAAGGAGAAGGAAGAGUGGAGAUAUCCUUCCUUGGCAAAUUGGGAACUGUUUGUGAUGAUGACUGGGAUAUGGAUGAUGCUCGCGUAGUUUGUCGCCAACUGGGAUUUUCUGAUGCUGUUAGUGCUCCGGGCUCUGCGCACUUUGGUGCUGGAAGCGGUCAGAUUUGGCUGGACAAUGUGGGAUGUUAUGGCAGUGAAAAAUCAAUUGCAGAUUGUAAGCACCGUGGAUGGGGCAAACAAAAUUGCAAUCACAACGAAGAUGCCUCUGUGAUUUGUUCAAGUAAGUAAUCUAAUUUAAGUAAGCAUCCUCAACGUAGCAUUUUCUCGAUUCUUUAAAUAUGUUGUAGUAGUAAAUAUAUAAAGAACUUAAACUAAUUAUUUCACCAGCGUAGAGCUGAUCUGGAAUGCGAUUUGAAUUUGACUCGAGUUACGGGAACGACUAACGGAAUCAUUUUUCAAAUAAUCAAUUCAUUAAUAGAAUCUUCAGAGGUACGCCAGACCUCCCUGAUAGGAAUGAUACUGAAUGUUGUCUGAAGCAUAUAACCAUACUGAAAAACAUUUAACAAAGACGUUAACCAUUCCGCUUCAUUAACUACGGAAAAAUUUGUUAUUGCCGGUUUUCUUUACAAGACGUUAUAAAAGAAAUGAUAAACGUUGCAGCUGUGCGAUCAUAGAGUUUAAUGGAUGCACUUGUGAGGGUUCAAAUGCACUCAAGAAGCUACACCGUAAAAAAAUAAAAUUAAUCAAAUUCUCAUGCUGGCCAAUUGUCUUGGUCCUUUUUAGAAUUAAAACUGGUUGGCGGAAGGUGGAGAGGAGAAGGAAGAGUGGAGAUAUUCUACAAUGGCAACUGGGGAACUGUUUGUGAUCAUGGCUGGGAUAUGAAGGAUGCUAACGUAGUUUGUCGCCAACUGGGAUUUCCUUCUGCUGCUAGUGCUCUGGGCUCUGCGCGCUUUGGUGCCGGAAGCGGUCGGAUUUGGCUGGACGAUGUCUAUUGUACUGGCAGUGAAAGUUCAAUUGCAGAUUGUCUGCACAGAGGAUGGGGCGUAGGAGAUUGCGAUCACAGUGAAGAUGCCUCGGUGAUUUGUGCAGGUAAGCCU